AUGGACGCCAGCAACUCCAACCUUACAGACCUAAGAUACGGAUAUGAUUUCGUGGUCUCCACUACUCAAGCCAGCAUUAACUCUGGCUUGUUGGAAUAUCUCUGGGAAAGUAACCAGCCAAUCAACCUCAUUUGCUAUCUCUCGGACUCAAAUAACGGAAAUGCCACAACCCAGAUCAGCCUCGAAGAACUGUUGAAGAGGACAGAUGGGGUCAACCCGUUCGAGAUCCUAGAUGGUGCAUCGCCGAACGACCCUCGAGUUGAAGCGCUCACUCGGAACAACUUCGUCAUUGGCGUGAAAAUUCGCAUUGGUGUGCCCCCUGGCGUGAUGCCCAAGGAGCUUCCUCCAGUCCUGGAGCUCGGCAAGAGUGACGGCAAGUCUCUCUUCCGAAUGUUUUGCUCCGAGUUCCAGCCCUCUGGAUCGCCGUGGUAUAUCGAAACGGGCGUCAACAUCCUCAAUAAGGGGCUUGACUGGGGCCUCGAGACACCCUAUCUUAAUCACCGCCCAGAGCUCAAGGGAAAGCUCAAGUCCCAAUUCAACUAUCUUCCUCCCAGCAAGUCUUACAGUCUUCAGCAGACUCUCAUGGAUCUGGAAACUGCUGCCGAUCAAAGCACACCCAAUUUCGUGGGGAUUCCAGCCGGUUCUCCCGUCCUAGAAAUCCUGCAGAAGAACUUCGUGGACCUCUACAGCAAGGCAGCCAAGAGCUACGGAAAACCGAUUCUUGCAGUUGCCGCCGUUGCUGAAGACCAUCCAGAUCCUUCCACACUCCAGGUGACUUCGGUUGAAGUGGGCAUCAGUCGGUACAGGGACUCAAAUGCUCGGGUCGUCAACAAUCCGACCCCCGAACAGGCGGCCGCAGCGACACUCAACCAUCUCUGUAUGACGAACUGUCACGAGGCUCCAACAAAAGUCUCGGAUCCUUACUGGAACUGGGUCCAGCCCUGGGAUGUGAAGAGCGAAAGUGGUGUCAUUGCCAUCAAGCGAAGCGUAUUCGCCGAGCAGUUGAUGAACAUCAUCCUGCCGUCUGCCCGGAAGUCUUGCCUCACCUCCAAAGUUCAGAUCGAUUAUGACGACUGCCUGGGCAACUGGAAACCAGUGGUACAGUUUUUUCCUGGUCAACUGCCACAAACCACGGAUGUGCGAACCCCUGUUAACGGCGAAUGGAUUAUUGACAUUACUUGGUCGGCCGAAGGCAACAAUCCCGAUGGGAAAUGCGAGAACUCAGAGAUGUGGGGUCGAUUCUAUGACAGCAUCGAAGUCGUCCCUCACUACUCUUGUGAGGUAAACGCCGAUGGGAGUAUCAUCACCAUCAGCCAACGAUUGUGGGUCGUUGUCUCAUUGAUGUGCGAGGGUAUCACACAGUCACCACUGAAUGCAUACGACGUCACCAUCACCGACACCUACGACUUGUCUGUGGACCAGACUGGCCAGCUGAAUAUCACACGUGACAAGAAUAAGUCUCAAAAACAAGACAAUUCGCAGUCCCCUGAAACAAAUUAUUGGGGAAACGCAUUCGCGGGCAUCACCGACCACUUCAAAGAGGUCAAGACCGAGGUUACAGAUCUGGUGAGCGUGGAGCUGGGGAGUAUCAACUUUGCUACGCCCCACAACUUCGUGUUUCCUGGUGGGAAGGUGUUCACGUACACAUCAGCCAGAUUUUCCAACCACCAAGAUUUAAUCUGCGACAUCACCUACACGGCACCAACCAAGCCCUUCCAGCCGCCGCCCAGGGAAGAUGCCCCAAUAACCAACCCUUCGUGGGACAAUCUUCCCACGAGACCCGCGCCGAAGCUUCCCGAAGCCACCGGCCCGCCGGCAUACUCCAUGACCCAUACGACCGAUCUGAUCCAAAAUUACAUCCAGGGAGACAUCGUGGCUCCUACAGCAAAGUUCGAAGCUCUCCAAACUGAAGACGGCCACUCCUUGCUCUUCGCGCUGAGCACGGACAACGUCUUCAAUGUGAUUGUAGAGCAGAGCGGCACGACCAAGACCGGCUGGAUCCGCAUGGCUCUCUCGUCUGGUUUCACGUCAGUACGCACUUUUGACGUGGGACAGAGCGUCACGGAUGGCACCAUUGGGAUGGCGUUGGUGGUGUCUGAGGGUGGUUCAGACAAGCUCUUCCUCUCCCUCUCAAAUUCCAGCUCUGACACAUCCUGGAUGGCGAGGCCUCAGUGGUCUGCCAUUGACUUUGACGCAGAGGGCGGCAUAGGUUCAGGGUCUGUUGUCAACAUUGUCCGCGUCAUGUUCGCUGAGCCUCAGGGAAGCCGGCAGCACAUCAUCGUCGACAUCGACCGCUCGUCAAACAAGGCUACCAAGGACAUUACCCGCUACUACGUUGACCCUCAAAAGACAUCCGGUAGAUACUGGGCCUCGCAUGGUCUGCCGGUAGACAUUCAGCAUGGCGACUAUCAGAGCUGCGUGGGCAGAGUCGCCUGCGGGUUCGUUGACGGGGUAUACACUCUCGGCACCGCCGGUAACUCAGCCCAGCUGGUCUACGUGCCCAUCGAGAAUGCCUUCGGUGACGGUCCUCCAUUACCAUGCCGCCUCAGCUUGCCACAGAACGCGCAGGCCUCUGCCAUCGCCGCCGCUCGUAGAUCCGGUUCUCUCGCCUCUCCAGACGGAACAACGGACUUGUUCGCCGUCAGCAACUCGACUCUCUUCUAUUUCCCAGCUGAACGCCAGACUGACGGGUCGGUCGCUACACAAUUGCUUGACAGCAGCUUACUUUCGGGCACUUCAGAGCUCGCAGCCAUGACCCACAGAGGCGUAACGACGAUCUGGGGCAGGAAUGCCAGCAACGAAGUGUACUACCUCUCCUGCCCAUCCAGCCAGCUGAACAAUCAAGGGGCUUGGAGUGUCCCUGUGCCAAUUGUGUUCGGCGUAGAGCAGAUGACGCCGUAUCUCAACCGCAGCGACGGUGGCAACGCAAUCUUCACAUCCGGGUCCGGCAAGCUUGAGAGAUUGACGCAGGCCACCGGCACAGACGCGAAGUUGUGGGCUGCAGAUGAGAUCAAGCUCGAGGCCAGUGGGCCUAAGGCCAAGCCGCUCCAGUUCAAGUCGUACACGACUACGAUCCAAGUCCUCGAUAAACAUGAGCUUCCAGCCCCUGGCGUCAAUUUGUCGAUUUCUACCAGUUCACGCACGCCCGUGUACAUGAACGGGAUCUACUACGUCCUUGGGCCGGCACCUGCCACAGUGGCUACGGAUGCGACCGGGAGCUUGACAGUCGUCGAGGCCUUGCAAGACAGCAUCAACGGCACUCUCAUGACGGUGACUUGUAACAAUGGAGAGGCCGAAAUUACCAUCAAUCCUAUGGAGAAGUCAUUCCAGACGGUAGCAGCGCUCAGUAGCGAAGGAGCCCUCCGGGACGCCAAAGUACCAACCAAUACGGUCUCUGGCGGCAUCAGGGGCACGCCUACGUGGACCGCUCUCGUAGAGGAGACUGUAUCAUCGAACGAUGUGGCCAACGUCGCGAACAGCCUCAGCAAACUCGGCACAACGUAUGGACUCGUCAAGCCCACAGUCACCCCGAGAUCUUGCAUGAGCGUGGUUCCACACACGCUUUACACGUCCUCGUCUUCGGUCGACAGUCUGGCUCAUGACGCCGCCAUCGCAGCUGGUGACCUUUUCCGCUGGCUGAAAUCCGACGUGGAACAUGUCAUCGACAUCAUCAAGGACGACGCAACUGAAGCAUGGCACUUCGUAGCCACCAUCUCCGGUAAAGUCUACCGCGCCGCAUUGACCUCGGUCGAAGCCAUUGUCGGAGCGGCGGAGUGGAUUUUCAACGCCAUCAAGAUUAGUAUCAAGAAGCUCAUGUCUUUCGCUGAAUUCCUCUUUGACUGGGAUGACAUCGAGCGUACCAAAAAGGUUCUUUGCAACAUGACGAAGCAAUGGCUGAAAAACCAGGUAGACUCAGUCCAGACUGCCAAGUCCAUGUUUGAUGUGCAGAUGGCCAGCGCCGAGGAGAGCGUCAAGAAGUGGGCAGGCAUCACGGACUUAUCAAAGACGCUCGGCAGCAAGGCCUCCCAGCCGACAGCGGCAAACGCCUCGAAUCCUACAAAGGGGCACACCUCGGCAUCUCAGAUGAUGAUGACACACUACAAAAACCAUGGCGCGAAUCUGACAGUGGUGGGGACGCCCCCCAAGAUGGCACGCGAUGAGUCGCAUCAGGCCGUCAACUGUCUUCUUGACGUGCUCGAAAAGGAGGGCCAGACUCUCUCAGCUGCUUAUGUUCAGCUCAAGAGCUUGGCCGAGGGAUUCCCGUCCAUGACGGUGGAAGCGGUGCUGAAAGAACUCGUUGGGAUCGUCGGCGUCGCUAUGCUGUCCACUGUCCAGGUCGUGGUCGACGCCUUGCUCGACGUCCUGAUCGAGUUUGCUGACAGUGCCAUUGGCCUCCUGGAUACAAAAGUUCACAUACCCGUCAUCUCUGACAUUCUGAACGACAUUGGAAUACCAGAUGUGUCCUACUUGGACCUUGUAUGCUGGAUUCCCGCCAUGUCCUACACGGUAAUCUACAAGAUCGCCAACCAGGAGGCUCCGUUCGCCGCUCAUGAAGCUGAAGUCCAGGCUUUUAUUGCCGCUGACAAUUGGGAGGCUUUACAAACUUGUUUAGGACCAAAGCAAUCCAGGUCGCGGGCUGAAUCGCCUCGCGGGCAGGAGGGAGAUCACAUGGUUACAGCCGUAGCUAUUCGCGAGCCGUCGAACACAGUCAUAGUCCACCAAGAGCAACACUCCAACACCCACAGAAGCAAGACCUCUGUGACUUCAAUCUCAUCGGCUGCAUCCGUCACAUCGACCAGCACAGCACCCACGUCACCUACAUCAACCAGAUCCAAUAAGCCAGCUGACCGGACAUUUCGCCAGGAGAUCUAUCAUCUGGGCCACCUCAUAGAUAGCACAACCAGACUAAUGGCAGCGUAUGUCGACUACUGUGAGGUUUUGGCCCCAGCAGCAGACAACCCUUACAGCACAUUUUCGACGGUCCUACUCGUCCUCGGUGAAAGUUCUGCUAUUGCAGCUGACAUAGCCGUAGAGAAUGCCCCGCUCGAGGAUUCGGCAACGAGUGCGCUUUCCAAAAUUUUAACCCUCUUCAGAGUUGCUGCCCUCGUUGGCUUCAACGAACUAGUACAACAUCAAGUCGGCCACUGGGGAUUCCAAUCUAUGGUCGUCACGAGUGAUCUUCGCGUCAAAGGGGCAGGGAUUGAUGCUAUUCUCGCCAUACCAGCAGUGAUGAUUUCACUUGAUCAUCUCUGUGAAAUCGCUCGUGAUGUCGCUGGUGGCGGCGACAUGAACUGGGAACAAGGAGCGGCCGUCACUGGCGAGUUCUCCAACAUCGCAUCCUAUGUGUCGCGGAUCUGUUACUACUUUGCUGCUCAAGCUACGCCAGCAGGCCCGCAAUUUGCUGGGAUCAUGGUGUUUGCAAACAUUGCUGGUGCUGGACUGGAAUUCGCCGAGGCUGAGAUGUAG